CGCACUGUCCGAAUAAGGUGUUGACGGCAAGAACUGGAGAGUUCUCCAGCCCCAAUUAUCCCAACCCGUAUCCUAAAAUCUCCGAGUGCAGCUAUAGCAUCCGGGUGGAAGACGGUUUCAUGGUCAUCUUAGAAUUUGUGGGGAUCUUUGAUGUAGAAGCCCAUCCAGAUGUACUGUGUCCUUAUGACAUCCUGAAGAUUAAGACACCCAAGAAAGAAUUUGGUCCUUUCUGCGGCAAUUCCCCACCUCCCAAAAUUGAAACGCGUACCAAUACGGUGGAUAUCACGUUCAUCACCGACAUUUCUGGUGUUCAUGCUGGAUGGAAGCUCAGAUAUCACACAACAGCUUUGCCAUGUCCCAAUCCUCAAGCACCCCCCAAUGGCCGGAUCGCCCCAGCGCAGGCAAAAUAUAUUCUGAAAGACUUCUAUAGCCUUUCCUGCAACGUGGGCUACGCGCUUUUGGAAAACAAACUGAUUGUCAAAUCCUUCAAAGCAACCUGUCAAAAGGAUGGUACCUGGAACAAGCCAAUGGCCCAAUGCACCAUUGUUGACUGCGGCCCUGCCAAUGACAUAGCGAAUGGCACACUUGUGUAUGUCACCGGAAGAGAGAUUUCCACGUAUCAAGCUGAAAUCAAAUAUAACUGCAAAAGCCCCUUCUACUCCCUGAAAACCGGAUACUCUGAUAACUACCGGUGUGCCCCUGAUGGUUUCUGGAGGGAUCAAAAGGGAAACAAAGCACCUCCGGUCUGUGAACCAGUCUGCGGAGUCCAAACGUCUAACACUCUGAAGCGUAUCUUUGGAGGGCAGAAGGCUCUGCUGGGCCAAUUCCCUUGGCAGGUUUUAAUCACUGAUGCGCAUGGAGCAACUGGGGGCGGAGCCCUUUUAUAUGAUAACUGGAUCUUAACCGCCGCUCACGUCCUCGGCAGCCCAGUUGACGCCUCCUCCCUGACCUUGAAACUGGGGCUCCUCAACAAGCGCUCCCCUCAUUACCACCAAGUCUGGGCAGAAUCGGUUUUCCUCCACAGUGGCUUCGCCAACGACGGCAUCGACUUCGACAAUGACAUCGCUCUGAUUAAACUGAAACACAAAGUUCCCGUUAACAAAAACAUCACCCCGAUUUGCUUGCCGGGAUACAACCCCGGCUUCCGGGUGAACAUGAACGACACGGGAAUCAUCGCCGGCUGGGGGAAAACGGAGCGGGCCCGGCAGUCCCGCUUCUUGCUGUAUACCGAGAUAGACGUUGUUGAGCCUGACAAGUGCAAAGCGGCCUACGCAAACCGGACUUUGGAAGGGAGAAAACUCGUGCUGACGGAAAAUAUGCUUUGCGCAGGAACUGAGGAGGGGGGAAAGGACUCCUGCUAUGGGGACAGCGGAGGUGCCUUGGUGUUCUACGAUACUAAGGCCAGAAGGUGGUUUGUUGGCGGUGUGGUCUCCUGGGGUCUGGAAUGCGGUUCUGCUGGCCUCUAUGGGGUCUACACUAAGGUGCCCAAUUAUACGCCGUGGAUCGAAGACCUAAUUGCACGCCAUUCUUAAUCAGGUUUUUGUUUGUA